AUGGCCAACGGCACCACGAAAGAGGGCCGUGGCGUAGCAGCGGACCCCAUUCAAUUCACCCUGAUGAAGCCGAUGCGCAGGGCGGGCAAAUCAGAAGCAGGCGGUGCUGAUGGGGGGACGACGGAUGGGAUGCGAGGCACCAGAGAACUGCCACCGCCACUGUGCCGAGGCAUUGCAGACGACCUCCACUCCGCUCCCACCCUCUCUCUACGCUACUACGGCUACUACGCUCCCCUCGGCCGCCGGCCUACGCGAGAGAGACAGACAGGGCAGUACGCACUGGGUAAAGCCAGCCUGUCCUCGUCUGUGUCUUACCCAUUCAUUGUUUUUUGGCAAUAUCCUCAUGCAGCAAAUAUUGCGACCCUGGCUUACGCGAGCGCAGCCAUGGCGAACCUGGCGGAACACGCUGCGGUGACAUCUGCGAGCUACCCACCCAGCUCUUUGUCGCCGAUAGUCCACGGCGCCGGACCCGGCCUGCCGCUGCAGGGCUGUCUGUUUGCUGCCAUGACGUUCCGCUCAGAUAAUGGCUGUGGGUGGAGACGACCGACCGACCAAAGAGCUAAGAAAAGCAAACUGAACGAACGCUAACGGCCGGCCAAUGCACUCGCGAAAGCAGUGUCAAGUCCAUCAUGGCCUAUGUGUAUUCCCAUCGCGAGCCGUCGUGGGCGUGACCAGGUGAGGUUGGCUUUGGAACGGAUUCUAGAAAACUAUUCUUAGCGAUAACCUCUUUGAAGCGUGC